AUGGAAGAGUCGGAACACCUUGAACUUCGUUCAUAUAAAAUCCCAACGAUAACGAAAAAUGCUUUAAGCAUUCUCAACUCAAUUCUUCCAAACUCUGCCGCCAAAAUCCCCUUCACACACCGUUUUAGCGGUUAUUCGUUCUUCCAUUUCUUCCUCCGCCGUCUCUUCCGGUUCUCGAAUACGAGUCACUGA